AUUUUUGUCCAAGAAUAUCCCUCGGGGCACUGUUCCGGGCGUUAUCGGGACGUUUUGGAGCGUUCCGAGGAGGGAAAAGGUGAAAUUGAAGGCGUGUGCUCCGUUCGGUCUAAGUAGUGUUCUUUCAAUUCUACAAGUAAAUGUCCCUUUGACAUUAUUUUUUCAUAAAAUCUGAUUUUCUAGUGCAUAAUACCGCAUUCCCCUUUUUAAUGUAAACUACGAAGCCGACAGAGAAAGACCAUCUCCUCUCUGUAUCUCUCUCCUCGUCGACCCAUUCCAUGGAGGUGAAGGCGAUAGACGAUGGCAGAAGCUGCUACGAUUCGCCCGGACAACGAUCCCCUCUCCAGGUUUCUUGCGAGUUUUCCAACCAAACUUGGUUGCUCCAAAUCCGAAUAUUCUGUCAACAGACGGGUUUUUUGGACCCAAGAGGCUGAAAUCGGAUCAUCUUCAUCUGCAUUUGGUGAUAUGUAUUUGGAUCCUUUAAAGGGUGUACUUCAGUUUUGGGCACCCCUGAAAACGUCAUGUGGAAGACUGAUUCUUUCGACUUCCAGUCAACCUUUUACCUUUGCUUAUCUCAACUCUCUCCGCCACAAAUAUAGGUUAUCCUCUCUAAAUUAUCGCUCUACUAUUAUCGAUGAUUAUACUGAAUUUCAAGAGAACCCUAAGAUUAUAACUGGUCCUCCCGCCACUGCAUUCCUCAACCGUUUUCCAGUUGUUUUGGAUCUCAGUGUUCACCAGCACGAUCCGUUGGUUCGUUCAGCUUUGGAAUGCGGACUGACUUGUUCUUUAUUGCUCCCUGUUUUUAUUCAUCCUUCCCAAACCGCCUCUUCUUGUUGUGCUGGUGUUGUCGAGUGUUCUGUCAAGCGCUCUGGUCUUGUCAUUUUCAAUCAACUUAAAACUGCUCUUGAGAGAGUCGGUCUAAGUGUAUAUCAUGUACAAGAAUCUCGACCAUACAAGGGUAUACCUGGUCUAAAAUGUGCUACAAACGAAAUUGAAGAGGCAUUAGAGAUCGUCUGUGAAUCCCAUGGCUUAACUCUUGCUCAAGUUUGGAUUCCUUUUGAGAAAGAAAAUGAGAUGCCCUCUUCUUCUUCUUCUGCAGAGAACACCCGGAUGAAACAAAAGCUAGUUGUCAAAUUGAUUGGUUAUCUUGAUGUUUCAGAUGAUAAUCGUACGCUUGUUAUCCAGAAUUAUUAUGAUACAUGCGAUAUGCUUCCUUUGAAAUUGGGAGAGGGACUUGCUGGGAAGACGCUCCAAAAUUAUGAACCACUCUUCUGCCAAAAUUUAAAGGAGCUGAGCGAUAAUGGGCUAUUGGGGCUACUCUCUGCCAAUACUAAAUGUAGUUGCUUUGCAAUAUGCUUGAGGAACGUUGACACUGGCGAUCUUGAUUAUGCAUUUGAAUUCUUGUGGCCCCGAAAUUGAAACUGUAGCGUGAUAUUGAAGUCACUCUUAUCAACACUAAAAAAGUGUUUGCCAAGUUUCAAGUUUGCUUCUGGGACAGAACUUGGUGAUGAUUUACGUGUAACAGUUUAUGAGAAUUCUACAGAAACUGGAAGCGGAUUUUCCAACACUCUCAAAAGAAACAGAUUAUCACAUUGGAAGAAGAGUCGCAAUGUUCUUGGCGUUUCCGAGUUGCAAGGACCAAAGUUUUUGAAGAGAAAGUUUAGCCACUUUUCUGGGAGUGCUUCGGAUCGGGAAGAUAACACAACAUGUCAAGAACCCUCAGUUAACAUCAACCAGACAGCGUAUCUGGAUGAAGAAGACGAUGACAAGGAUGACGAUGUUGCAUUCAUAUUCGCAGAUUAUCGAGAAGAAGUGACACUUCUCCGGCUUUCACACUCGUCUACCCUUGCAGCAGUAAUGGAGGAAAUAGAUGAGCAAUUUAACUUGGAUCCUGAGACUUACAAGCUGGAGUUCAAAUUUGGUGAUGGAAAAUGGGCCAAGCUGAAUAAUGAUGCAGACUUUAAGAGUUGCCUCGAAGUUUGCAUGAGUGCUGAGAGGAGUCCCAUGACGGUGCGUGUCCUACAGUUACCCUAUCAAAAUGUGGAUAUGCAGGUCAAUAGUUGGUUGGGAAGUAAAGUCAUCGAAAGUUGAAAACUUGUUCAUGUUUCUCGCUUACUAGAUAAGUUGGUUGUAAUAGGAUUUGGAUUUUUAUUUUUUUAGGCAAUAUAUGCGACUAUUUCUUCUAAACUACACGAAUGCCUAGAAUGCAACCUAGGAUUUCCGAAAAACCCCAAUAAUCCACCCCUAUAAUUGUGGAGAGUGGGACUCGAACUCAGGUGGAUCUUCUUAAGGUCAAAAACUUUACCAAUGAGUCACCAUCACCAUUGUUUAGAUUUGGAUAUUAAUGUUCCUUAUUCUCUAA